AUGAUUCAAGCCUUAACAAAAAUGGACCCCAUUUAAUAAUAUUAUGUCAAUGAUAACUAUCUCAGAUCUAUUUCAACAAAAGAAAUUAAAACAAAUACUUCAUAUUCACCUAAAGCAUUAAUUUAAGGUUAUUGGAAAAAAAAUUACUAACCCUUUGUAUAAUCAAAUUCAUCCAAUGAAGACUAAAGAGUCACUUUACCCUAAAUAAAUACAAGAUCAUUUCUAGCAAAUGAUUCAAAAAAUGAAGAAUAUCAAAAUGAAUCAAACAAUAGUUUCACUCAUAACAUCCAUCAAGAUCCUAAUUUAGCUAAAUAUAAAAUCAAACCUGCUUGUGCUAAUUACUAUUAGAUGAGAAAAGAAAAAUUUAGCAUUAAAAUACCUGGAAAGGUUAUUAAAGGAAGCUUUUCCCAUAAUAAAAAAAUCCAGUUUCGCACAACAACUAAAAACACUAAUAAGGGUCUAAAAAUUGAGCAAAUUUCAAUUAAAUAGCCAAUAUAAUCUAAAGCAAUAGUAAAAUCUUCUAUUUCAAGCAACUCUUCUCUCGAUAACAAUAUUUCUUCUCAAAAGCCUUUUUAAGAAAUCCACAAAAGCCCAAUAAUUUAAAUUAUAAAACCUAUUACAGCUAAUCCAAAGCCUAAUUCGGAAGUUUAAAUAAAAAAACCCUUCAUUAACACAAUUUUCUUGCAACUUUAACUAAUAAAAACAAUGAAUUCAUCUAUUAGUAAUAUUGCUCUUUUAGUCUUCGAUGAACUAUUAGGAUUUAGUGAAACUAGUUAUUAUGGGUUUUAAUAAGACUUUAUUUAGUCUUAGCUCUUUUUAGAUUAUUAAAAUACAAAAGAUCACUAUUUUUCUAAAUUAAUACACAAUUCUACUAUUUAUGCAUUGAAAAAUUUUAAAGAUCUCAUAUAUGCUUUAUCCAAAACCUUCUAAUUAAUCCUUCUUACAAAAAAUUUAUAAAAUUAACUGACUGAAUAUGUGAAUAUUAAUCGAUUACCUAUUACAGCUAUUUAUUAAAUGAAAGAUCUUAAUCAAUCUACUCUCAAUUUAAAAGCUUUAAAUUGUAUGGAUAUUUUGAAUGAUCUUUAACUUAAAAAACCAAACACUAUCAUAAUUAUAUAGACUUAUGAAAAUUUAUAAUAUAAUCCAAAUUCCAAUAUGAAAAUAUAAGAAUAAUCAAUAAUCUAUCCUUAUGGAAUAGAAAAUGGUAUUAAUCAUCUAUAUACACUCAUUCUACCUAAUUUAAGUAUGUAAAACCUUUUGAAAAAUGAUUAAAAUAAAUCUCAUUAUCAUUUAUUUCAUUCUAUCUACUAUAUUGAAUAAUUUUGUUAAACAAUCUUAAUUAAUUGUGUAUUCGAUCGUAAACCCCUUAACUUAACUAAAUUUUAAAAUUCUGAGUAUAUGAAACAAUUAUAGGAAAAAAUUGAAUUCAAAAUCAAUCAAAUUGAUAAUCUUAAAUCACCCCAAAAUUUAUAAAUAUAGAGAUAUUCAAAAAAAGAAAUGAUUACUAGAAUUUAAGAAAAGUUUGAAAAUUCAUAGAAAUAUCAAGAAUUAUCAUAAGAUCUCGUAUUAAGAAACAAAUAAAUAAUAAAAAGAAUUGGUAAAUAUAAAUAAGAAUCAAUCAACUUACUUUUAAAUGUUAAAGAACAAUUAAAAUAAGAAUUUGAAUUACUAAAUUAUUGUUAAACUCUACUUGAAAAUUGUUAUUAUAUUAUAUUAUGA